AUGAUAAGAUUGUGUGGCGAAGAGAAGGAAGAGCUGGAUGAAAAACUGGCGAUCGUAGGUGAUCAGGGCUACUUUAAACGAAUAUUUAAAAAACUUUCAGAAGCGAUCGAUUUUGCGGAUGUUUUAACGGGUGAUAAUGUGGCCGAGUCGGUGCGCAACAAUGAAGAGCGUUUAACACCUCAUCUGCCUGAUCAGGCACCAAUCCAUACGCCACGUGAAGAGCUCGAGCAAACGAUUCGUGCGCCGCAGUAUCGACAAGCCGUUGACAUGUUUGGACAUGCAUUGCAAUCCGGUCAACUCGCACCCGUUUUGCAACAAUUCGGCGUGGCACCUGAGGUAGCUACAGCCGCACAGACCGGAGGUGUUAUAUUCAUGUCAAUAUUUUUUGAAACUUGUUGCUAG